CCGGGAGCAGAAAUGUGUGAAGUGCGCAGAAGGCCAGCCGGUGGUGGUGAUACGAGCGGGAGAUGCCUUCUGCAGGGAUUCCGUGACAGGUGAAUUACCUCAGAUUCGAGGCCAGCUUGGGCUACAGAGAGAUCCUGUCAAACAGAAUCCCACAAAUUUCCUUGAUGGGCCUAGUGGUAUAGGAAGAUCUCUGGGGAAGCUUAUGGAGUGCCCAGACUCGAGGGAAAGGUGCAGUGAAAGACAGGUAUUUGGGGCAGUUGGAAUCCGUCCAGGGCAGGUCAAAACAUCCUGGGAGCUUGGGCAGGAAGCUCUGGGUGGGAGUUGUUCCUUCUUUCACGGGAUGCCUGUUUAUCUGACUGCCACAGCGAUUUGGAAGGAGAGCUCCAGGCUUCUCUCAGGUCUUUGGACAGGAACAAGGGAUUAUUCCCAUGGGGGCCACAGCAGGAGGACUCACAUUUUAUCUGUGACUUUAAUGGGUCCCUCAUACCUCUUUUGGAUUACAACUGUUUUAAUGCUUGACUGUUUUAACAAGAUCUUUAGCUCCCCAAAGGCAGGAACAUGGAUCUCUGGUGUUAUUCCUUUAAUACCUAGUGGUAUUAGCAGGAGCUUUGUAUAGUGUAUGUUUGUUGAGUGAAUGGUGAUUUCACAUUUCUAAGUCCCUUUGAAUAUCUGAGUCUGUUUUUUUUUAAGAUUUUCUACAAAAGAUUCUGGUGGAGGGGGCAGAAACUGAUUUCCAGAGUCUUUCUUUUCACCUACCAUGUUUGGGGAGCCCAGAUUUGAAAGAGAAUGUAGUGUUACCAGGAAUUAUAACCUGGGCAAGGGAUUGUUUCAAGGCGUUCUAUGUCCACAAGUUCAGAGCCAUGCUUGGGAAGAACCGACUCAUCUUUCCUGGAGAGAAGGUGCUGUUGGCGUGGUCUGGGGGGCCUUCAUCCAGCUCCAUGGUCUGGCAAGUUCUUGAGGGCCUGAGUCAGGAUUCUGCAAAACGGCUACGCUUUGUGCCAGGAGUUAUCUAUGUUGACGAGGGAGCAGCCUGUGGCCAGAGCCUAAAGGACAGAGGGAAGACCUUGGCUGAGGUGAAGCUGAUCCUGCAAAACACUGGCUUCCCAUGGCAUGUGGUUGCCUUAGAGGAGGUGUUCAGCUUGCCGCCAUCGGUGCUGUGCUGUGCUUCCCAAGAGCCAGCAGGGACAGAGGAGGCCUACAAAACGGCAGUGGACAGCUUCCUGCAACAGCAUCGUGUGCUAGGGGUUGAGGGCUGUGCCAGCCCAGCUCAGGGGGAGGAUCAGUCACACCCAUCCCAUAGCCAGGAACCCCUAGGCAUGGCUGGGUCCCCCAUAGCUGCUCAGACUGAGGCCUUGUCUAGGUUGUUCAACUCCAUAAAGACACUGACAGCCAAAGAGGAGCUGCUGCAGACGCUGAGGACCCAUCUGAUCGUGCAUGUAGCCCGAACCCAUGGCUACUGCAAGGUGAUGACUGGGGAGAGCUGCACCCGCUUGGCCAUCAAGCUUAUGACCAACCUGGCCCUGGGGAGAGGAGCCUUCCUUGCCUGGGACACGGGCUUCUCAGAUGAGCGGCAUGGGGAUGUGGUAUUGGUGAGGCCCAUGCGGGACCACACGCUAAAGGAAGUGGCCUUCUACAACCACCUGUUUGGUGUUCCCUCAGUCUUCACCCCAGCCAUUGAGACUAAGGCUCCAGAAAAGGCUAGCAUCCACCGGCUGAUGGAGGCCUUUAUCCUGAGGUUGCAGACUAUGUUCCCCUCUACAGUCAGUACUGUGUACAGGACAAGUGAGAAGUUGGUCAAGGCUCCCCGGGAGGGCUGUGCCACUGGCCCCUCAGGCCACAACUGCCUGCUCUGCAUGUGUACACUGGACAUUGACACUGCUGACAGUGCCACGGCCUUUGGUGCUCAGUCCUCCUCACAUGUCUCCCAGACGCUGCCUACUGAGACUAAGAUGCCUACCCCACCCUGCUGUGGUGCAGGGGAGGGUCAGGCCCAGAGCUACCACAGGGGUGUUGGCAGGAGGGGGGAUGUCCAGGCCUGCAUCAUAGAACAGCUGUGUUAUAGCUGCCGGGUGAACAUGAAGGACCUGCCUUCCCUGGACCCACUGCCACCUUACGUCCUGGCUGAGGCUCAGCUCCGCAGCCAGAGGGCCUGGGUCUCUCAAGAAAUCCAAGAGUAUCUGAUUACAGACAAUGAUGAAGAGGAGGAGGAGGAAAACAGAGCUGAGCCUGGGCAUACCCAGCCCUGCAAACCCAUCAAGCAGGAAAGCGGGAACACUGGGCUUGGUCUCUGACUGUCUGUUUGUAUAAAUAAAAUGUUUUUACUUAGAAAA